CCUGGCGCCUGCCCUGUGCCAGGCCCCAGCGUUGUGUUUCCUCCAGCCCCCAUCGCCCGCUCAGUGGGGCUCCCGCUGUCAUUGCUCCAAUUGCAGCCACUCGCCUCUCCCUGCUGAGCGGGGCUCAGAGCUGGCUGGGGUCGUUCCCCCCUUCUCGCUGGGUACCCCUGAAAGAGGCUGGCUUUGGCCAGCUUCCAGCAGCAGGUGGAGUCAGACUCCAGCCCCCUUCUCCCUCUGGCCCCUCCUCAGGGAGCCUCCCCUGCAGCUGGCCACUUUCCAAGCCAGGGGGGAGGGUCUAGCUGAGCAGGUGAAUAUUUAACCGGAGAGCCGGCACUUGUUUUGCUUGGGCAGCUCUAGGCUGGUUGGGGGUGGUUCUGGCUGGAGAAGGGGGCCGUUGGGCAGCCGAAGAGCUGCAGAGGAGAGCUGUGGGAUGGAGCCGGAGCCGGGGCAGGAGCCCAAGGUGGGCGCAGGAGCCAAGCCGCUACAUCUAGCUGCUCAGAGCCCAGCAGGCGAACAGGAGGAUUCCAUGGACAGGAAGGAAACAUGUCUCCGGGUGGUGGUCAGGGUUCGGCCCCUGACCUGCCAGGAGCUCCGCAGAGGGGACCAGCGUGUGGUGCACUGCCUUGGGGACAACACCAUCUACGUGAAUGCGGCCGGGCAGGAGGCGGCCUUCAGGGCAAGUGCAGCAUUCGAUGCAGGCACGUCCCAGGAAGGGCUGUUUGAAGGCAGCGGGAUGAAGCGACUCAUAGCGCUGGCUGCAAAUGGGUUCUCCUGCACUGCCUUUGCCUUCGGCCAAACAGGCUCUGGAAAGACCUACAGCUUGAUGGGACCCUUAGCUCAGAGCGAGGGCCAGCCGGUGACUCCCUACCUCAUGGGGCUGAUGCAAAGGGCCUUUGUGUGUCUCCUGGAGCAGACGCAGUGCUACAGACCCGGCCUCGUGCUCAGUGCCUCCUAUGUGGAGAUACACAAUGAACAGGUGAGAGACCUGCUGAGCCCAGGGCCACCCAGGCCCCUGCCCGUGCGAUGGAGCAAAACCAGGGGCUUCUACAUCGAGAACCUGCUGACUGUGGAGUUUGGGAGCCUGGAGGCCAUCAUGGACCUACUGCAGGAAGGCACCCGACGGCGGCAGAGCGCUGCGCACGUGCUGAAUGGGCACUCGAGCCGCAGCCACGCCCUGCUGACCAUCCGCAUCCACCGCAAGGCUCUAAGCCCAGACCCCAGCUCCUGCCAGCAAGGCGUGCUCUGCUUCGUGGACCUGGCCGGCAGUGAGAGGGUGAAGGACACCGGCUCAGCUGGGGAGCGCUUAGUGGAGGCCAGCAACAUCAACCGCAGUCUCCUGGCUCUGGGGCACUGCAUCUCUCUGCUGGUGGACCCCAGACGGAGGCGAAGUCACAUCCCGUACAGGGACAGCAAGCUCACCCGGCUGCUGGCGGAGUCCCUGGGCGGAUCUGGGAUCACGCUCAUGGUCGCCUGCAUCUCCCCCUCCUCGCGCUGCCUCCCGGAGACACUGCACACGCUGCGCUUUGCCAGCAGGGCCAAGAAGGUCACCACCAAGCCUGUGGCGCAGAGGGUCUCCCGGGAGAAGCUACUGCAAAGUUUGGAGCAAGAAAUCCAGGCCCUGCGGGAGGAAAACUUCUCCCUGCGCCAGCAGCUGCGUCUGCCCAGGAUACGGGGCGAAAGCCCAGCCACCCACACACCCCCCACCCAGCUGCCCGAGUGCCAGGGAGAGAACUGUGCCCCCGGGCAGAGAGGGGCCCCAAGGAGAGCACCCGGCUCAGCCAGGCGCAGCCUCUAUGGCCUCGUACAGGACUUUGUGCUGGAGAACGAGCAGCUCAGGCACCCGGAGCCCCCCCUGGCCUUCAGCAGCUGGGGCCACGACAGACGCUCCCCCGAAGCCGCCCCCGGCUCCUGCAGCAUCCAGGCCCCAACCUGCCCCCGCCCUGUCCCCGGCGCAGCCCAGUGCGGCCACACGCCGGCUCCUGUCCACGCCUGCCGCUGCCCCUGCUGCUGUGCUGUCCGGCCAGCCCACGCCACCCCCUGCCAGCGCUCCCAGCUGCUGAGGGAGCUGCCCCCAUGGGAGGUGCUCGCUGCCGAGAGCAGUUCCAGGUUCCAGGGGGUUGGGCAGGGCAGUGCGUGGGAGGACCCGGCUCCGCUCUGGCCCCAGCAGCACCCUGUGGCUCCCUGGCUACUCCGUGGGAAAAGGGGCCUGCGCCGAAGGAAGAGCUCCACUGUCUUGUGUCUGCUCCUGGGAGACACCCGGCAGCAGGGCCCUGAGCCUCCCCCCGGCCUGGAGGGGCAGGUCGCACCGUCGGCCCCGCCCCUGCCAGGGCAGCCAGACAGCAGCGCAGGGCGCCAAGCUCCAGCUCCCUGACACCCGCUGCAGCCAGAGGGGAGCGGGGCUGAGCCCAGGGCGGGGGGCACGAAUCGCUCCUGUCCUGUGCGGCCAG